ACACCGAAGCGGUACAGAGCCCGAGUAUUGGGAGGGAAAGAUUUCAUGGUGUAGCAGAGGAUGGCGAAGAUGGCGAUGGCUGACGGGGAGCGCGCACGGGAACAGUACGCCCACCUGUCGACCUGCUCGUCGAGCAUACAGAUGGUAAAGCUUGCAGUUGUGCCUCAACCGGCGUGCGACCUUCCCAAAAGCGCGUCCCACCGCCAAUACGCAGGAUUGGGGCACUCACAUGAAGCGUGGAUUAUUCCCGGGCCUUUCCGUAGUGAAGCGUUACACAAAGAAGAAUGUGUGCGAACGAGAUGGAUAAGUUAUUUCAAGCGACCAAGCGAGCCGGAGAGCAUAUAACACGUAGGCCUGCAGAUAUAGCGAGAAGAGCAGGCGAAGGGGGUAUGCGAGAAGAACAGGCGAUAACGAUAGUUUGGAUGGACCAGCAGACAGAACAGUGGGAGGACGAGGAGUCGGACCGUGCGAGGUACGGAGGCGCUGCAGACCGGUGUCAAUUUUCCAGAGAAGGAAUAAGUUACAGAGGCCGGUGUUCCUUGGACUCGUCUGUCGGGCAGGCACAGAGCGUAGACAGAAGGGAGGUGAGAGGGCGCGGUGAC